AUGGCAGAUCACCAGACACAGUUCUCCACGAAGGCAGGAAUAUCCCCCACGUCCGCAAUAGGAACCUAUGAAACAAAGCAUUGGUCCACAUCCUUCCUUCUCCCAACAUCCGAGCGCUCUUCCGAGUCUAGCCACACGCAACACAAGCGGGCCUUGAUAGUCCUGAACCAGCCUUUUUCUUUCUCGCUAUUCGAUAGGUUAUGGAGCUCUACCCAACACCACUUCUGCGCGGAUGGCGGUGCAAACAGGGUCCAUGAUCUUCUCCGGGAAGCUUGCUCCAAGUAUCUCCCAGAUCUCAUCAAAGGCGACCUCGACUCUCUUCGCGACGAUGUCAAGGACUACUACACUUCGAAAGGUGUCCCAAUAAUCACCGAUGAGGAUCAGUAUUCCACAGAUUUGAUGAAAUGUAUAUCCAGUCUCGAGGAGAUAGAGAAACGCUCCACAGCACCAGACGACGUGGUCGUUCUUCUAGGCGGACUUUCAGGUCGUUUGGACCAGACCAUUCAUACCUUGUCAUACCUACACAAGCUUCGGAAGACUGGUCGUCGUGUCUUUGCUGUCACCGAUGAGAACGUCGGCUGGGUUCUUGACGAGGGAGAACACUUCAUUUCAAUUGAGCACUCGGUACUGGGCCCCACAUGCGGCUUACUUCCCGUCGGUAUCGAUUCCACUGUGCUCUCAACUACCGGUCUGAGGUGGAAUCUGUCCGAUAACGUUUCAUCUUUCGACGGCAUGGUCUCCACUUCAAAUCACCUCGUACCAGAAGAAUCGACCGUAUGGGUGAAAACGUCCAGACCUAUCUGGUGGUGUGCAGAGUUGAAACAGAUAAGCUAG